AUGGCGUACUACGAGGACCGCCGUUAUCGCGAGCCGCGCGACCGCUAUACACGAGCCAGUUAUGCUGAUCCGUAUGAUGAUCCUCGUGGCCGUUAUCGAAGGCACGAGCGAGACUCAUAUGUACCGCGUGCCAGCACAGACUCGAUCGAGGAAGUACAGCGCGAGUACCCACCAGGCUCAGACUAUGCCUACGAGCGUCCUUAUGGCUCCCGGCGGCCGAGGCGACCUGUUUACGAAAAUGUGCGCCGUGCCUCCUCCGUCAGCGGUUACGAUCCACACAACGAUGCUACUUACCGAAGCUCUGGUCCUCGUCGGUCAAGACACUACGAGGAUAAACGCUCCCGUCGCCCGAAAUACGAUUCUGAUUCUUCGCCAAGCCGUUCCCCGCCCCGCCACAGACGUCGUAAGUCAUUCAGCGAGCAAGCCCUGGGUGCCCUAGGUCUCGGUGGUGCGACUGCUUCGGUCAGUCGCGGAGACCGUGGUCGCGGUCGUUCCCCGUCCCGUCGUCGCCAUAGAUCAUAUUCAAGGUCACCUUCGGAUUCGAGAAGUCGCAGUCGCCAUCGUGGCGGUAGCAAACGCGACAAAAGUGAACAGCGCAUCGCACAGGCUGCUCGCGCCGCCUUGACGGCCGGCGCAGUCGAGGCUUUCAAACAGCGUAAAGAGCCCGGUGACUGGGCCGGCGCGAAAGGGAAGCGCGUUUUAACUGCCGCUGUGACUGCUGGUGGCACCGACGGCCUUGUAGACAAAGAUCCCAACAAGCAUGGAACACGUCAUAUUGUCGAGUCCACGCUUGCAGGUCUAGCUGCCAGUCAUUUCAUGGGUGGUGGUUCACGUUCACGGUCUCGUGGUCGAGACGGUGGUCGCUCUUCAGGUGGCCUCAAGAACCUAGCUGCCACUGGAGCCCUUGCUGCUGCAGGGAAGGAAAUCUUUGAUCGAUAUUCAAAAUCACGUUCUCGGCCUCGCGGCCGCAACGAUUCCCGUGACAGUGACGAGGAGCGUGGCUCCCACAAGCGCAGCAAGAGUGUUUCGGAGUACAUCGGCAAGGGAAUGGCCGCCCUGGGACUUGGAGAAGAAGACGACCGUCGCCGCGACAGCAGAGACGAUCGUAGGGAGCAUCAUCGGGAGCAUCGUCGGGAGCACUGGGACGAUCGAGAGCGGCGUCAUCGCCGGGGACAUCGACACGACGAGUAUUCGGAUUCAGAUACGGACAGCGAUUAUCACAACAGGGACUCGAGACGGGGCAAAGGCUCGAGAGAUGUAGGUCGACACCAUUCAUUGGACGGAAGAAAUCCACCCCCAUAUGCACCCACCAGCGCAUCGCGCGGUGAAUCAGGUGCCGGUUCUAAGGACCGCGGCCACGGGUCGAGCUCCGAGAGUGAUUCUGACUUAGGCGACAGUUCUGAUGAAAAGAAGCAACGGAAGAAGCUGAAGCGGGAUAUGCUGAUGACGGGAGGUCUGGCCAGUGUGGCCACCAUCCACGCUGCGCACAGUAUCUAUGGGAGCAUGGAGAAGAGGAAGGAGCGAAUGAAGCAGUUGAAAGAAGGAGAGAUUACGGCUGAGGAGGCCCGCAAACGCCGCAUGAAAGCUAACACGAAGGACGCUGUGAGUAUCGGUCUCGCUGCACUAGGCAUCAAGGGUGCCUAUAGUGAGUGGAAGGAGGUUAUGGAGAAGAGCAAGGAAAACUCACAUUUUCGGGAGGAAUGUGCUCAGCGCGCUGUCAGGCGUGAGCGUCGCCGCGCUCGUAGCCAGGGUGCGCCUUCCCGCCAUCAUCGCUGGCCUGAUGAGAUCGAAUACGCCCCUUCGACGAACGAAUCCCGGAGUGACCAUACGCCUGUUUACCGUGACGGAAACCCUUACGAGGUCCAUGAGUCACAGCAGAUCUCUUAUUAG